AUGGCGGCGGCCUUGAGGGGCUCUUGGCGGGCGCUUCGCUCGCAGGGCCCAGCAGCGUGCCAGGUAUUUUCUCGUAACUUUCACUUCACAGUUUAUGGAAAGAAAAGUGCAUCUGCUAAAGUAUCGGAUUCAAUUUCAACUCAGUAUCCUGUUGUGGACCACGAAUUUGAUGCUGUUGUGGUGGGUGCAGGCGGUGCAGGGUUGCGUGCUGCGUUUGGUUUGUCUGAGGCCGGCUUUAACACAGCAUGUGUUUCCAAGCUGUUCCCCACCAGGUCCCACACCGUUGCUGCACAGGGAGGAAUCAAUGCUGCUCUGGGGAACAUGGAAGAAGAUAACUGGCGAUGGCAUUUCUAUGAUACUGUGAAAGGCUCGGACUGGCUGGGAGACCAAGAUGCCAUUCAUUACAUGACAGAGCAGGCCCCUGCGGCGGUUAUUGAGCUGGAGAACUAUGGCAUGCCCUUCAGCAGGACAGAAGAAGGAAAGAUCUACCAGCGGGCCUUUGGGGGACAGAGCCUGAAGUUUGGGAAGGGGGGGCAAGCCCAUCGAUGCUGCUGUGUGGCGGACAGGACGGGCCACUCCCUGCUGCACACCCUCUAUGGCCGGUCUCUUAGAUACGACACCAGCUACUUCGUGGAAUAUUUUGCCUUGGAUCUCCUUAUGGAAAAUGGAGCUUGUCACGGCGUCAUUGCCCUUUGCAUAGAAGAUGGCACCAUACAUCGUUUGAGAGCAAAGAAUACCAUCAUUGCCACUGGAGGAUACGGGCGCACGUACUUCAGCUGCACAUCUGCCCAUACCUGCACCGGAGAUGGCACAGCGAUCGUCACGCGGGCUGGCCUUCCCUGCCAGGACUUGGAGUUUGUGCAGUUCCAUCCUACAGGCAUCUAUGGGGCUGGCUGCCUUAUUACGGAAGGCUGUCGUGGCGAAGGAGGCAUUCUUAUUAACAGUGAAGGCGAAAGGUUCAUGGAGAGAUAUGCGCCAGUUGCCAAGGAUCUAGCCUCAAGGGAUGUGGUAUCUCGUUCUAUGACCAUUGAGAUGCGUGAAGGAAGAGGAUGUGGGCCUGAGAAAGACCACGUGUACCUGCAGCUGCACCACCUGCCCCCUCAGCAGCUGGCCAUGCGCCUUCCAGGGAUCUCGGAAACAGCUAUGAUAUUUGCCGGCGUGGAUGUCACCAAGGAGCCCAUUCCUGUUCUGCCCACUGUGCAUUACAAUAUGGGGGGGAUCCCUACGAACUACAAAGGACAGGUGAUCACACAUGUCAAUGGCCAAGAUCAGGUAGUGCCCGGCUUGUAUGCUUGUGGUGAAGCAGCGUCCGCGUCUGUCCACGGGGCCAACCGCUUGGGGGCAAACUCUCUCUUGGACUUGGUGGUCUUUGGCCGUGCGUGUGCUCUGAGCAUUGCUGAAUCCUGCAAACCAGGAGAGCCAGUUCCGUCAAUUAAACCAAAUGCAGGGGAAGAAUCUGUUGCAAACUUGGACAAAUUGCGCUAUGCCAAAGGAAACAUAAGGACAUCUGAACUGCGACUUAAUAUGCAGAAGACAAUGCAAAGCCAUGCUGCUGUGUUCCGUACAGGCUCUGUCCUCCAGGAGGGCUGUGAGAAACUGAGCAGCAUCUAUAAGGAUUUGGAUGACUUGAAGACAUUUGACAGAGGGAUGGUCUGGAAUACUGACUUGGUAGAGACCUUGGAACUUCAAAACCUGAUGCUGUGUGCAUUGCAAACUAUUUAUAGUGCCGAAGCACGGAAGGAGUCACGUGGUGCCCACGCCAGGGAGGACUACAAGGUUAGGAUAGAUGAAUACGACUAUUCCAAACCACUCCAAGGACAACAGAAGAAACCAUUCGAACAGCACUGGCGAAAGCACACCCUCUCAUAUGUAGACAUCGGGACUGGACAGGUUACUUUGGAAUACAGACCUGUCAUUGACAGCACUCUAAACGAAGAAGACUGUGCCACAGUUCCACCUGCUAUUCGUUCCUAUUAGUGAUUUAAUUCACCUUUUGUUACCUGAAAGCUGCUUGGUAUGGAUGAACAUCCUACUA